CCUCCAAAGCGACCAAGAUUUCUCCCCUCAGCGCCAUGGAUAAGAUCCCCAAGUUUCGCCGGAAGCCCAAACCUCCGGUCAUCGAGACGUCCAUCGACCGCAGGGCCAGCAUCGCCACCGAGAAUGUGAGCGCAACCGAGUCGCCGAGAGCCCAUCACAAGAUGUCUGCGUUCAAGAGCCUGCGACUGCGUGGCCCGUCGAAGCGCGCGAGAGACAGCCCGCCCUCCGAACUCACUCCAACGACGCCGUCAGCCGUCGUGGUGGCUCAAGAUGGCAUCCACAACUUACUCAAACGCCCCGCUAACAACACGCGCGCUACCGCAGAUAUCGACAUCAAGUUCCAGGAACUCACCUGGGCCGAGCGAGUUCGCGUUUCGCAGGGCAUGCGAGACGACGGCCAGGCAGAUCCACGAUGGACGCUUUAUAGACACGUCGACACGCACGAAAAGAUGGACCGAUACGUUAACAUCAAACCCUGGGCUUACAACCGUGUCAGGCUCCGUGUCCCGGAAGGCGAGGUCGACUAUGUCAAUGCCUCUACCAUUACUCUUUCGUCCCCGUCCGACCCGAGCAAACCACCGCUGCGUUACAUCGCCAUGCAGGGCCCUACCAUUCCCUCAAUCGACCAUGUUUGGCGCAUGAUUGCCGAACAGAUCCCUUCUCACGCAGUCAUUGUUCAGCUGACGAAUAUGGUUGAGCUUGAUGUAAUCAAGUGUGACCAGUAUUUUCCUAUGGGAGAAGAGAUUCCCACCGGUGGACGAGAUAUCGUCUGGGGGAUCAACGAUUACAACAAUGUAUGGGGCGACAACUGGAGGGCAGACCUUACCUUUGUGUCCGUGGAGCAGCUUGCUAGAGGUGCCAUUGAGAGGCGUAAGUUGCUUUUGCACGUCCAUGGCGAAAAAGAACCACGUGUCGUCUGGCACUUCCUCUACAAGCGCUGGCCUGAUUUUGGCGUCCCGACUGCAGAGGAUCUGGAUGGCUUUCUAGAACUAAUGAAGCUGUCCCGCCAACACAGCACACCGUCUGCGCCUCGCAUCAUCCACUGCAGCGCUGGAGUCGGUCGUACAGGUACCUUCAUCGCUCUCGAGCACUUGAUGAGAGAGCUCGAUUCUGGCGUUCUGGCGAGAUAUGAUAUGCCCUCGGAGCGUUCCGACCUUGUCUAUGAUGUGGUUGAUAUCCUUCGCCAGCAGCGCCGUGGCAUGGUCCAAGGCGAACUUCAAUAUCGCUUCAUCUACCAAGUUAUGCUUAGGCUCUGGCAAGAGAGGUACGGCAUCGUGGACGAGAGGGCCGGCAGCCGUGAACCAGCAGCUAAGAGACUCGAGGUUGCGAGCCCCUUUGCGGGCAACGGUCGGCCUGGGACAAACUAGCGAUUCAACCGCGGCAGAUCGGCUUCAGACUUUACGGCAGCGAUUCUGAAAAGCGAGAGCUCAGUGCCAGAC